AUGGCAUCAAAAGUUCACAAGGCAGCGCUUUUAAACAGCCACUCCGAGUCGAUUCGACUCUCUCAAGCCUCUGCAUCGCUCGCAGACCAAUUCCUGUCCGACUGUCCUGCGCAAACACAUCCUGAGUCUCCAGACCCGAAGCCACACACACCCCCAGGCACCACGUCCUUCAUCGAUACACCUGGCAGAUCCAGCUCCAACGGUCCCCAGAAAGGUCAUCCUACAGUUGCGGCGAUGACACCCAUUCUCGAAGACGAGAUCCAGUGGACCACCCAGAAAGCCGAUGACUCCUUCUUCAAGCGGGUUGUCAAAGAGAGAGUGAAGCAAACCGACGCCUCGAUCUCUCAGUUCGUCAAUCAGUCUGGUCUCUACAACCGCGAGACCAAGCGCUGGAACAAUCUGAACCACGAGACCGCCCUCGAAAAGGAUCUCUACCCUCAUUUCUACAAGAUAUUUCAGCAAACACUCCAAACCUUCGACGUCAAGCAGCGCGAGCUCGUCCCCACCUUCAACAUCAAGAUCAAACACAUCGAAGGCUCUACUGGGAACUCCAAACUUAAGACGUCUCCGGAUCUCUUCAUUUAUGGCUCAGGUUCGAAUUUUCAAGCCGAUAACCUUCAAUUAAAACUUGAGGAGAAAGCCAACUAUCGCUACUGCGCGUCUCCAUGUGAAGUCAAGACCGAGAAGAACUUGAAUGAGGUUGGAGUUGUAACCCAAGUGGCAGUGUAUGCUCGGCAAUGCUUCAUUCAGCAAGGCAACCGUCAGUAUGUCUACUCCCUCAUCAUGACUGAAGACCGCGCGUUUCUCGUGCAGUAUGACCGCAACGGGGUCUUGCGUAGUCAAAUCUUCAACAUUCACGAGAGGCCCGAGGACUUUGUUUACCUUAUUCUUCUCGUCUCUUCUCCCGACUGCGCUACUCUCGGCUUUGACACCAGCGUCUAUUGGAAGGGAGACAAACGAUACAUCAGAACUCUCAACGAAAACGACGAAUACGUCGAAUACGAAAUCAUAAAGUCGGAGCCCUUCUUUCAACGGCGUACGAUUCGUGGCCGUGGCACACUUUGCUGGCUUGGCGUCGAUCCGGCAGGAAGACGUCGCAUCAUCAAGGACUCCUGGCAAGCCGAAGGACGUGAUCCGGAGCAUGGUCUCCUGGAGGAGAUGCAAGGCGUCGCAGGCGUUGGCCAGAUGGUUGCUUUCGAGAAGGCCGAAUUGAGGAUCUCGCACUUGAGGGGCAUGAAACCCAAGUCUUUGCCCACUGGGAUGGCCGACCGUUUCUUCCGUCGCAUCGUUCUCGAGGCAUAUGGCAGCCAGAUAGACAGGUUCACGAAUCGCAUGGAGUUCUUAUGCGCUUUCCGCGAUGCUGUUGCAGGCCACCAACGGAUGUGGAAGCGAAACGUCAUCCAUCGAGAUAUUAGCGUCAACAACAUUCUCAUUGGUGUCGACGGUGCUGGGCAAGGUUGGAGAGGCGUAGUAAUCGACAUGGACAUGGCCGUCCAUUGGCAGCGUGCCAGCACCAUGGCCGCAGUGGAUUUCAGAACGGGCACGAGAGCGUUCCAAUCAAUAUUUGUCGUCAGCAGCGAAAAUGACAAGGCAGCGGGGCUAGAAUUGCUUCCACACGAUCAUCUUGACGACCUUGAAUCUUUCUUCUACGUCUUCUGUUGGGUCUGCAUGGGUCAGACCCAGUAUGGAGUGCCAGUUCAGUGUCCUGUCCUUGAACGCUGGGAAGAGGAGAACGUCGACCACGUAAUUGAUUGCAAACACAAAUUCCUGCUAGGGCAACCUGCCUGGGACCGCCACAACGAAGUCAUUCAGAACUUUGGAGAGGUGUUCCAGACCCUGUUCGACGCACUUCGGAAUUGUUUCAGAGAGUGGCUCCAGUGGAAGGUUUUGACGAGGGCGGAGAUGCCGAACACCCUGGACGAGAUGAGGAGCCACUCCGACAAGCACUACAGGAUCUUCUUGUCUCAUGUUGACAAAGCAAUCGAGGACCUGGAAAAAGAAGAAGAGGAGACGAGGGCAAGGCGUUCCCUGGAUGAGUCGCCCAUGGCUCGCCGCCAAGAACGCCGCCCUCCAAUGUCGCGCUCGCCUUCUCGUGAACGACAACCUUCGCGCUCGGCUGUGCAACUGCCCCCUGCUGCCCUUAGGCCAUCUCCACUGUCCGGUCCGCGACCGGAAUCAUCCAGUGGCAUGAAACGCACUCGAGAAGAGCGAGAUGCAGGUGGGGCCGAGAUGGACGUCGAUGGCGAGGAAGGCCCACCUGCGCCAAAGAGGCCGCACACGAGAUCGCUGUCGCAGUUGCAACCUGAGCCAGUGCCAGUGCCAGCAGUGUCAGCAGCUGUCACUGGGGCAGAUCCUGAGGCUGUUCCUGCUCCGAGACGGUCAUCGCGGUUGCGCAGUCAGUCAGGGUCCGCGAACAUCGAGCCCGCCCCUGCUCCCGUGGCGGGAAGGCAAUCAACGAGGUCGAGAAAUGGAUUUAGAUCAACACAGCCUGCAGAGGUGCCUGUCGAUAGCGGCGACGAGGCACAAGUCUGGCAGUGGUUAAUCGCCCGAAUUCACAUUGGUGUCUUUUCGAUCCCACGCCAUGGCAUAGACGGAUCUUAUCGAUUUACCAUGACCACCACUACCUUCGUCUCUACCUCCAUCGUGGUCCCCAUGGCUGACAGAACAGAGAACCGCUUCCCUCCUAUGACCUUCUCGCCCACGGAUUCCCCCGCCAAGGGAGAUACUGCCAGGUCUUCCUCGUCCCCGCCAUCCGAAAUGGAAGCCAACUUGUACUAUGCCGGCCUGCCCUCUGCCCCGCUCUUGGUCGCUCGCACUGGGACCACUCCCUGGGAGCCCGCAUCUCUCUCUGGCGAUGACGGCGUCGUUGCGGCCUGCAAGUCCCGCGAGCUUGUUGUAGCGGCCAAUAUCAUCGACGUCGACGUCGAGAUCCGCGUGUCAAUCGUUACCCUCCUGGCUGGUCCCAAGCUCCUGGGGUUCUAUGCAGACCCCACCGUAGUUGAACUACGCGAACCUCUGACCACUACGCUCGGUCACCCCAUCUGUGCCCAGUCUACACCUUGGUGUGAAGGUACCGGUGGCUUCUUCAUUACCGAUUGCUACAAUACCGGGAGGCUCCUCCUCGUCACCGCUCGCCACGUCGUCAUCAUACCGCACGAGAACGAGAACAGUCACUUUGCGGAUCGCGAAUGCGGGUCUCAUCGUCAGGUCAUGCUCUUUGGCAGUACGGCUUUCGAGAAACACCUCAAAUACAUCGAGGAAGAGACUGAUCAGGUGGGGGUCUUUGCCCGGCAGCAGGAGGAACGUAAUAGGCUGGCUCAGGGGAUGGACGACCCCGCAGAGUGCCGGAAGGCACAGGCCAAGUUGGAUGAGGUGAAGGAGGUGAUAGAGCACCUCAACGCCCUUCACCAUGACCUUUCAACUCAUUGGGCUACCUCGGAGAGCCGCGUUCUGGGCCAUGUCGCCCUCUCUCCUCCCAUCAGCACUGGCAGCGGCAGCGAGGGUUAUACCGAGGACUGGGCCGUCAUCGAGAUCGAUGCCUCCAAGAUCAAUGCAAGCAAUUUCGAAGGCAACGCCAUCGACCUCGGUACCCGCAUCCCAUCCAACAAGCUCACUCAUAUGAUCCAUCCAAAUGACAAGAAUGCCCAUUGCUUCACCUUUCCCAACAACCGUCUGUUGAUGCUCAGAGGCACCAUUCCAGACAACGAGAUGCGCCGCCCGACUGGAGAGGACCAGAGCGACCAGCCGUGCCUUAUUGUGAUCAAGCGCGGUGCCACCACCGGCCUGACCGUUGGCCGUGCUGACAAUAUUAUAUCCUACACCCGUAAGUACUUCGAGGGCAAGGAAGAUGAGGCCUCAAAGGAAUGGUCAAUCCUCGCAUUUGACUCCGACUCUGGCACCUCCUCAAAGAAGGGUGACUCUGGUUCUGUCAUUGUCGACAGCCGCGGACGCAUCGGCGGCCUCAGUGCUCACUGGUGGUACAGCCAGGCCCUUAUCAGAGGCUCUUGA